CGUCAUCAUGGAGACACCGCCCUGCAGGUAUGGGCUCGUGGAACACGGCCGGCUGAACCGACCAGAGCGCCCCGUCAUUAAUAGGUAUAAGACUGGACAGCCCGUUUUAUUGCUAACUUUACCCUUGAUGUGGUUCCGUUAAAACCGUUACGGAAACGUCUUUCACAGAAACAUAUCAGUUUGAGGCUCGCAGGGCAAUCUACAUAUAGUCCAGGGUGGGUGUUUUCCCUUUGUAUCCGAUUCUCUGUGCUGCUUCCACCUCUGGCGCUCGGUCCCCUGCUGCUAGUGUCAUGUCUAUUGGUUAUGAGGAACAAACGAUAAUACAAAACAGCAUUGACUUCGUGGCCAUCUCUUUUCUUCUCUACGAUCACCUCAUUACGUUGGCGGAAGAGGUCACGUAUAUAUGGGCACGUCCCAAGCACCCAUCUGCGAUAUUAUUUCUCGUCAACCGGUAUCUGGGGUGUCUCUCAACAAUCGCACAAGCAGUGGUGUUAUUCAUAGUUCUGUCACCAGAGGUUCGGCUCAUCUGGCUCGAUGCGAUCUACAUCCACUACCAUAAGGUAUCGCUCUUCGCGAAUCAAGUCAUCGUGUGCAUGCUUUUCGUGAUUCGCACGUAUGCACUUUACGGCAGAAACAAACGCAUCCUUGCGUUUCUUCUCUUCACCACCGUCGCUCUGGUAUCCGUAGUAGCUUGGUCCCUCGUAGGUCAGGUGACGUCUGCGACCAACCUACCUAGCUGCCAGAUGAUCUACAACACCAACAUUGCCAUCCAUCUCGCUGUACCUUACGAAGCGCUAUGCGUAUUUGACACAUUGAUAUUUGGAUUGACAGCGUAUAAGACGUUCAAGGUUGGUAUACGAUCUAUCGUACACUCGAAACCCCAGUUGGUUGUGCUCCUCCUUCGCGAUGGUGCAAUUUAUUUUGCGAUCGUGGCGAUGGCGAAUCUCGCCAAUAUCCUGUCGUUUUAUGUUGCACCUGAACAUUUGAAGGGAGGGCUAUCUACAAUUUCCAUAUGUACCGCCGUUACAAUGGUGUCCAGACUCAUGCUCAACCUCCACAAAACUGCCGAUGCUGGGAUCUUCUCGCAUGGACAACACCUCACCGAUGGCCGCGGUGGUGCCAUAUUCACGUCCCAGUUCUUAGAACCCGAUCAAGGAUGGGAUCUUUCGACACCGACGGAUUAAAUAUGUAUUUGGACUCUUGACAUAGCUUCUUCACGCAUUCAAGUUUGGUGUAAUAUACGAGCAUACUUAUUCUUUG